AUGGCGAACCAGGCUUGGAAGAUCACGGCGCCGGGGGAGGUGACGCUCGUAGACCUGGACACUCCGAAGCCAGGCCCAAAGCAGGCACUCAUUCGUUUGCAAGCAGCGUCCCUCAACUAUCGUGACAUUCUGGUGAUGAACCACGACCCAAGCUAUCCCGCUAUGGCCAAACAAGACUUGAUCCCCUGUAGUGAUGGUGCUGGCGUCGUUGAAGAGGCGGGACCGGGGUCAGAGUGGAAAGCAGGAGAUCGUGUGAUUAUUCAGCCAAAUACGUGGGUGUCAGGUUUUGAUCCGCGAGACUUUGACAUUUUCAAGACAAUGGGCGGUGGCGCAAUGGAUGGCACUCUUCGUCGAUAUCUCGUUUGGGACGAUGACAGAUUGAUCAAAGCUCCUGAUGGUCUCUCGAUCGAGGAGUCGAGCACAUUGUACACAGCUGGUGCAACGGCCUGGAAUGCGCUCAUGCACGGGCUGUUCAAGCUCGAGCCAGGAAUGACGGUGCUCACCCAAGGCACAGGUGGUGUUAGCUGUUAUGCAAUUCAGAUCGCUGCAGCAAAAGGUGCGACUGUCAUUGCGACCUCCUCGUCCGAUGACAAACUCCAGGUUGCCAAGAAGCUAGGUGCAAAACACCUCAUAAAUUAUCGCAAGACUCCGUACUGGGCCGACGAGGUGCUGAAGGUCACAGAUGGCAAAGGAGUAGAUAUUGUGGCUGAUGUCGUUGGCGCAGCAAGCAUCGAGCAAGCCAUCAAAGCGACUCGUCAAGCCGGGUUGAUCAGGCUUCUGGGCGUGCUAGGUAAUUCAGAUAAGGCUUCGAGAUCCGAAUCCGUCCGAUAUUGUACUAACAUAGCUCCAGUACAACCAGUGCUCGGUGCUGGUAGCAGAGAACUCUCUCAGGAGCUGGCAGGGUUUCUUUAUGAGCACCAGAUUCACCCACCGGUGGCAGCGACUUUCGAUUUCGAGCAGGCAGAUAAAGCGCUUGAGGCGCUCAAGACUUUGUCAGCGCCUGGAAAGAUUGUGGUGAAGAUUUGA